CACUUUUUGUCACAUAUUUCCUCAUUCGUAUCAGUUUUUUUAUCAACUCUCACGUAAAAAAUGUAAAUAUACCUCAAAGCCUCUUGAAAAAUUAAGUAAUUUCUGCAGUAAUCAUGGAAUUUCUGCACGAAUCAAUUGCGCUUGGUGUUGAUUUGUUAAUAUUAGGGCUAUGUGUUAAAGAAUAUGUCAGCUACAAGAAAAAUGUGAACUGUCUCAAGGCUGCCCCACAACUGGCUAUAGAUAGUGAUCUCAAGAAAUAUGUGGGUGCACAAAAGGAUAAAAAGAUACCGUAUGCUGUGGUGCGCGGCACGGUCACACCAAUUGGUGUGCCAAUGCGCAGCGUUAUGUCGCCAUCCGUAACUGGUGUCUUACAAAUAAUCAAACUCAGUGAACAUCGCGUUACGCGCGGCUUUGCCGGUUUCUGGACCGAACAACGCAAACUCAUACAUGUGUCAUCGAACGAAAUGCCUUUUGAGUUGCGCAACAACGAAAGUGGCGUUGAAAUCAUUGAUGCAUUAAGCGCUGCUGUGCUGGAUUUGGAUGUGGUGUAUGACAACUAUGAGCCAUCCUCGCUUUCGUUUUUCGAUCAUGUUUUCGGCUUUUUCUCCGGUGUCAGACAAAAAGGUCUGCAGACAACAGAGGAAGUGUUGCGUGAUGGUAGUUUCAUUACAGCAAUUGGUGAAUUGGAGUUGGAUGGUAAAACGUUACGUUUGCAACCAUCGCCGGUGGGUCCACUCUUUUUAACGACCGCUACCAAGUCUACAUUGAUUAAAAAAUUCGAAGAGGCUAAAUCAUCCAUGCUUGUUAAAAUCUUUGUCUGCGGCACAAUCUCAGCUAUACUCAUUGGUUACAUAGUACGUAAGCUGUACAACAAAAAGAAGCAAGAACGUGAUGAACGAAAAAUCAAAGAAACUCUAGAGAAGGAGCGACGUGAGAGACGUGCACGUACACGCCCACUCAAUCUUACCACUGAGCAGUUGUGUGUUGUAUGCUCAACGAAUCCCAAAGAGGUCAUAAUAUUGCCAUGUGGACAUGUGUGCAUCUGUGAAGACUGCUCCGAAAAGAUUCGUGUUACUUGCCCCGUAUGCCGUGGCAAAAUUGCGACAAAAGCUGCUGCUUUUAUCGCUUAAUAUAAAAUCAAAACAGUGGUUGCUUAUACUUACAUACUAGUAUGUAAACAUCAUAAAAUCUGCAUUGCAUUCGCUGCAAUAAAGUGUUAAGUAGUUAUAUUAAGUGCGAGCACAACUUUUGGACUUGUUGCAACAAAUGUAACAAAACUUAAUUUAUUUAAUAAUUAAUUAGUUCAUGGCAUAGUAACAAUUUAUAAAAUCUUUGGAAGGUAUUAAGGUACAAACAAAUGUGUGUAGUAGCAAUAUGCCGUUAUGUAGGUACAAUUUCAAACAAAAAACGGUACAAUAAAUGCAUAAAGACAAAAUUAAA